AUGGGCUUGUUAACACACCUCAGUGUCCUAAGCCAAGUGACUUUGUUAGCUGCUGCUGCCUCUUCUCAUUCCAGCGUCCGCGUAACCGACCCUUACCUUGCCACGCAAUGGAACGCCUGCCCUUCAGCCUGCGAGAGCACCAACCCCUACAACUGGGACUUUUACUCCGACAUUCGCAUCCUCAAAUCAUGCAAUGAUCCAAUGCUCCUGAACAUGGUGGCGAGCAAUCCCACCGGGCCAACGGACUCCAAUCGUCGACAGCCGCUGUAUGCCUGUUCGACCGCAAACGUGGACAAGCUUGCGAUCUCAAAAUUCGAAGCCGCCAGCUCGCCAAGCGCAAGUGCCAGGCGGUACUCGACCAAAAGUGCCCAGAUGGAGACUGCGUGGCGGGGAGAGGAAACAAGCCAGGACUCGUCUCAGUCUCACGUAGAGGCCGCAGCUAGACUUGUGCAGUCGCAUCUGGAUGCCCCUGCCAGCCAGAAUGUCACCAUUUCCAUGGGCUACUCAAACGGGGUCGUUUUUGGAGCGUUCAUUGGAUCCAACAUGGAAAGAAUCAAGGACAAAGGUAUUAUAGAAUCCUUCCUGGCCAAGGUUCGCCAGGGAGCACUGAACAACAAGUCUAGCGUCAUGAUGCAGGUCUGCGGUAGUGACCGUACCGCGGCUUAUACGCUUGGUGUUGUUGCUGAAACAGAUGCAGACCCUGCUCGAGCUUUGGGAGCUGUGCGAGAAGCUCUUGCGACUUGGAAUACCGGGGAAUGUGUUUCUGGAUACAGCGGGACGUCGACCUCCAAGAUCUCAGUUGGCGAAGCUGAGGAGGCCAACGAGGAUGAUGUCCCUCAUCCGCUGAGCAACUCAACCAGCGCACAUAAUCAUGCACAUAGACGCUCGCAUGGUAAGGGUUUGCUCUUUGGAAAGCAUCACCGCCGGGCUGGGACUUGCAGAACCAUUCAGGCCAAGGCCGACGAGAGCUGCAGCGAGCUCGCAACCCGCUGUGGGAUCUCCCCUGCCGACUUCACAAAGUACAACCCGAGCACUGCGCUGUGCUCGGCUGGGCAGUAUGUUUGCUGCACUGCUGGGACACGCCCGGACUUUUCUCCCAAGCCAAAUGACGAUGGGACUUGUGCAAGCUAUACCGUCCAGAACAACGAUUGGUGUAGUACGAUUGCUUCUGCCAAGAGUAUUACCGUUAAAGAUAUUGAGGCCUGGAAUAAGAAAACGUGGGGGUGGACGGGGUGUGAUAAUAUCCAGGCUGGUGCCAACAUCUGUGUUAGCAAAGGAGACCCGCCAAUGCCUUCUGUUAUGAAGAAUGCUGUCUGCGGUCCUCAAAAGGCUGGGACGAAAAGACCGGACAAUUGGGACGAUAUCGAGAGUCUCAAUCCUUGCCCUCUGAAUGUUUGCUGCGAUAUCUGGGGACAAUGCGGUACUACUGAUGAAUUCUGUACAAGAACCAAGUCGACGACUGGCGCACCUGGAACGGCGAAAGACGACACCAAUGGAUGUAUCUCAAAUUGUGGCACUGACAUCGUUUACGAUGACAGCGGCUUCGGUGACCAUCCGGUGCUGGUGGGAUACUAUGAAGCCUUCCAGAACACUCGACCAUGCCUGAAUAUGGAUGUGACAGCCAUCAACAACACAGUUGAAUGGGGUGGUCAACUUGGAAGUCAUUCAUCAACGUUUUCCCAAGCAUGGGACCAUAUCCAUUUCGCGUUCGCCAACAUUACUGAAUCAUUCGAAGUCGAUGUCUCCAGUGUCCAGGACGAAUUUGACGAUUUCAAAAAGUUCUCAUCCCCGGGCAAGAAGCCCAAGGUUCUGUCCUUUGGUGGCUGGUCAUUUUCUACGGACUUGGACUCCUACGCCAUCUUCCGAAAGGGCGUCACGGAUGAGCAGCGCUCGCUAUUCGCGUCUAAUGUCGCAAAGUUCGCUGAUGAUAAUGGCCUUGAUGGACUGGAUUUUGACUGGGAGUAUCCCAGUGCCCCUGAUAUCCCUGGAAUUCCCAAGGGCGAUCCAGAUGAUGGUGCUCGAUACCUUCAAUUCCUAAAAGAAGUCCGGGAUAAACUGUCCUCUGACAAGACGCUCUCAAUCGCAGCUCCCGCCUCCUUCUGGUACCUCAAGGGCUUCCCGAUUGCAAAAAUCUCUUCCGUCGUUGAUUACAUUGUAUACAUGACCUAUGAUCUGCACGGCCAGUGGGACUGGGAUAACAGCUGGUCAGAUAAUGGGUGUGACGGCAGUGCCUGUCUCCGGUCUCACGUCAACUAUACCGAAAUCGAGAAUUCUCUGUCAAUGAUUACCAAGGCUGGAGUGCCCAACAGCAAGAUCGUUGCAGGUCUCGCGAGCUAUGGCCGGUCUUUUGAAAUGGUUGACCCAACCUGUCACGGGCCUGAGUGCAAGUUCACAGGCCCGGAUUCGGGAGCUAUGUCUGGAGAAUGCACUCAGACCCCAGGUUAUAUUGCGAAUGCAGAGAUUAGUGAGUGGCUGCAAGAUAAAGACCAGAAUAUCACGACGUACUUCGACGAGGUCAGCCGGUCGACAAUCUCCUAUUCUGCCAACGGCACAUGGGUGGCCUAUACAGACCACAAAGAGCGGAACAACCGGAUCACAGAAUGGUGGUACAACAGGACCGUCCUCGGAACCAGUCUCUGGGCCAUGGACCUAACUGAAUUCGUUGCUGAACUCCCAGACGGUACUGUGCUGCCUCCAACAACCAUACCAAACUGCGACCAAGUCUUCACCAGCCUGGACGACGUCGAGGCCGCUGCCGAUUCCAUCCAGCCCGAGUGCAUGAACCUGUACUUGAUCCAGGCCCUGAGGAGCAAUCUCACAUCGUCUGUCUCUGAAUACAAAGACGUACUAAAAACAGACUACGAUGAGAAAUUCGGCUGGUACCAGGAUGCCGUCAGGGAGCAGUUCCCCGCGUCUCUCCGGGCGUUUCUAGAGGCUAACUCUUCCAAUUACUUCGAGUGCACCUCCUACACGAUGGAGCCGUGGAGCCAAGAGCCAGCAGGCAAGAAUGAGAGCAGCUCGUGUCCAUCAAAUCCAAGGGGCACAGGCUACGCGGCCUUCUACUGGACCGCGACGGACAAAAAGGGAUUCGUAGCGGACCUUGAAGAAGCGACCGGGAUCUCAGCGGACCAGCUCUCAUGGGGCACCGUUGAUGACUCCCUAUGCGUGAACAAUCCGGACCAUUCACAAGGACCACCGACGGAAUGUGACGGCAGCAAGAACUACGGCAUGCCGCAUCUCUUGCCUGACUUCCCCGUCAGCAACCCAAAGGAAAUCAUCUCAGCCCGACUCCCCAACAUCACGACCUUCGAGGACCAAUCGUCAACCGUUUCCAUGCUUGCAAGCAGCAAUCUAUACCUCGGUGACACGAUCGACGUCGUAGACGGCGCAUCGCUGCUCGUCUUCAUGGUCUCGAGCUCCAUUACGAGCAUGAAGAGCGUUGAAGAGAUCGGCGAAGAAUACCACAAGGAGAAGGUCGAGGAGGCGAUCCUACUCUUCGUCUCGGCCUUUCUCCUUCUUAUCCCAGGGCUCGGAGAGAUUGUGGACUCCGUCGAGUUAACUUCCCUCGCUAUCACGCUUCGAGCGAUCGGUGCAGCCGGCGACGCGGGAUUCGGCAUCUACAGCGUGGUGAGCGCCAAGGAUGCUGGAGCUGGUGAAAUCUUCCUGGCGCUGCUGGGUGGCCUUGGUAUUCUGGAUGUAUUCCAGGCGCCGGCGCUUUUUGGGAAGGCCGCAAAGGCGAGAAGGGCUAUGGAAGCCGGGGAUAUUGCGAAGUUGGGCAAUGAGGUCAAAGGGGGGAUGGGGCAGAUUGAUAAGUUGAAGCAGAGUUGUCGAUAG